GCCCAACAAUCUCCGGCCCACCACAAGAGCCCAGCUUCGAGCAUUACCCCAACCCAACCCCCGCGGCCGCUCAACCGGACGACUCCGCCACCGACCGCCGCCGCCGCCACCCAGCGGACACCUCGAGCUCGCUUCCCUCCGAUCGCCGCCGAUCUCGCUGUCCGCCUUUCUCCGCGACGACCUGAAUGUAGUUCAAAAGUGGGAGGGGGUAGCUAGUGAUGUUUUGUGCCCAAAAAGCUUGGGUUCACCUCACCAGGAUAUACAGACUUCGACGAGCGAGAUCAUACAGCAGUUCCGGUGGCAAGAAUGGCGAUACAUCCAGCACCUUCAUCACCAAUUCUAGCAAUGGUGAGAAUGCUGAAUCAAGCAUCGGCGCUUACAAGAAGGCGUACAGGCAGCUGGAGAAGUUGGAUUUCAUGACUGCCGCGAGGAUCCUGUUCACUGAUCCCCCAAAGAAAAAGAACUUUGGGAUUGAUUUCCAUCUGGUACAGCUUUUCUUUGCCUGCAUGCCUUCACUGGCUGUUUACUUGGUGGCUCAAUAUGCGCGAUAUGAAAUGAGAAGAAUGGAAGCUGAACUGGAGCAGAAGAAGCUGGAAGAAGAAAAGAAAUUGAAAGAGAUGGAAGAGGAAACUCCAGAAGAAGAAGAAGUGGAUUCAGUAAAGGAUCUUUCUGAGGUAAAAGUGAGACUCGACAAGCUGGAAGAGGCUGUGAAGGAAAUAGUUGUCGAAGCAAAGAAACAAUCAGGUGGCAGCUCUCGUGCAAAGCAGGAGGAUGCAAUGAAGAAAGAGAUUCAAUCAUCAGCCAAGCCCAGCACUGCAGAGCCAGAACCUGGAAAACCUGUGGUUAAAAGCAAUGAUGGUAAAGAAGAGGGAGGUGGUUCAGCUUUAGUUCCUGUUUCUUCCCAAAGGAUCAGACCAAUUAAGACCCAAAAUGGAUGAGAUUUCUGUGGUGCUUAAUUUGAAUGACGUUUUUGCCAAGAAAGAUUUAUUUUUUCUGGAAAGAGAUGCACGAAUUAUGCUCUGGCAUAACAGAAAUCCAUGUCCAAAAGUUGCUUCACAAAGGUACAGACAGGGGAACUGCAUGCCUGAGAGAAUUUUCUUGUUGAUCUGAUUGGUUGUUUAGUCUAGCAUCCUGUACUUAUGGUAUCAUUAGUUGUUCGUGUGCCAUGGGCUAAAUUUGUUAAUUUUUAUCCAUCAUCUAUCCCUUGUAGUUAUUUAAUGAGUCUUUGAAUUAGGUUGAAUUGGCAAAAGGCUAUUAUUUUGUGA